AUGGCUCCGUUUGAGGUGUUGUAUGGGAGGAGGUGUAGGUCUCCUAUUGGAUGGUUCGAUGCGUUCGAGGUGUGGCCUUGGGGCACUGAUCUUCUGAGAGAGUCCUUAGAGAAAGUAAAGGUGAUCCAAGCGAAGCUCCUAGUAGCCCAGAGCAGUCAAAAAGAGUAUGCGGACCGUAAGGUCCGAGAUCUUGAGUUUGUAGAGGGAGAGCAAGUGUUGCUGAAGGUCUCACCCAGGAAGGGUGUGAUAAGGUUCAGAAAGAAAGGCAAGCUUAGCCCGAGGUACAUUAGGCUGUUUGAGAUCCUCAAGCAUAUGGGGGAGGUGGCUUAUAAGUUGGCCUUGCCUCCGGGUUUAUCAGGAGUUCAUCCGGUGUUCCACGUUUCGAUGUUGAAGAGGUAUCACGGGGAUAGUUCAUACAUAAUCCAUUGGGAUUCGAUUUUAUUAUAUGAGAAUUUUUCAUAUGAGAAGGAGGCCGUUGCCAUCUUAGAUAUGGAUGUCCGCAAGUUGAGGUCCAAGAAAAUAGCCUCGGUGAAAGUUCAGUGGAAGAAUCGUCCGGUAAAGGAAGCUACUUGGGAAACAGAAUCUGAUAUGUGUAGCAAGUAUCCUCAGCUUUUCACCGGGACAGGGAAUUAG